CCCGUAUCAGAACACGCCCUCCUAAAUAAACGGACUUCCCUUCCCUUUAGUGGGGAAGAAGGAAUUUGAACCCAACCGCCGCUGGAAGUUUGUCAUCUUCACAAACUAACAGAGCUUCAGCUUUCCUCUUUCUUCUUUCACCUUUCACUGUGAUGUCACCAUUUCCGGCACAGAGUUAACCGAAUUCGUUUCCUUCAUGACGCCGGACGUCGAAUGCGCCGACGGCGAGUUCGUACUUCUCAGCUGCACCGGUCCGGGAGGGAUAAAUCCGGAGGGAGGUGGCCAAGAGAUAUUCAUAUCGAUGGAUGCAAUCAUCGAUUGGGACAUGACUUCUAUUCUCAGGCACCAAAAUGUCAAAAUAAAAGCAAACCGUCAAAGGCUCACUGAAAACUCUUCAUAUUUUCGAAGUCUAUUUAGCGGUAACUUCAGUGAAUCAUGCUCCGAUAGUAUAUCCAUUAAUUGGAACAUAGAACCGUUAUUGAAUAUAUUACGGUCUGUGUGUGGAUGUUCUGUGGAUAUUACUUCAGAAAGUUUUAUUCCUUUAUAUGAGGCUGCACUGUUUUUUGGAGUGGAUUAUCUCCUCUCUGAGUGUCAAAAUUGGUUACAGAAUGUGACAUCAUACCGGGGGACUUUGCUACCUCAAGUUCAAUUAAGUAAUGUGAUAAGCAUUUGGAAAUAUGGCAUAGAGAAUGCAAUUGAUUCUGUAUCACAAAUAUGUACAGCCUAUCUCUCAAUCAACUUUAUGUGGGCAAUGUCUUGUGAUUCUUUUCACGAUGUUCCUUAUGAAAUGUUAUAUUCAUGCAUAAAGAAUCCUAAUUUGACAGUAGACAGUGAAAAACAUCUUUGUGGAGCUAUUCUAGCUUGGAUUGCUGCUAAUACCAGAGAGCUUGGGCCUUCAAGCACUACAAUAACUGAUAACACUGACAUUUUGGAAGAGAUUCGUUUCAGGCUAUUGCCUUUAUCAUUUGUUGCCGUGAAAAGAAGAUGCAACUUCUUUUCAAUGUUUGCUGAUAGAGGUAUCAACAGCAUUCUUACUUUAGCAAGAUAUCCAUCCACAAGUUCAACAAACAAUCUUGACGAUGAAGACAUUAGUCAUCAUAGAAUCCGAUUGACUAAAUAUACUAAGAAAGUGGACCUUUCAGGUUGUCCUCAGAUCAGUCCUGCCAUUCUCCUCUUGUCUGUGCUUCAUCCUUCAAAUAGCAUGGAUCCUAUUGUGAAGGAAAAAAUUAAGCAGCAUUUUCUUACAUUUAAACAUCAUAUUGGGGACAACACCGAGGUUUCCUGGCAAAUAUUUCCAAUUUUGACUUUUGAAGGAGUGCAAGAGGUUGAUAUCUCAAAUUGUCAAAUGCCACUUCUUAAACCUGUUAUUGAAUGCUUUUCCAGAUCGUUCCCAUCACUAAAGAUACUUAAGGCAACUAAUUAUUUAAAACUCCCUACUGGAAUGCUGUAUCAAUUGGUGCAAAGGUGUCGUCUACUCUCUGAUGUAGACCUCAGUGUGGAUAUUAGCCCAAUUAUACCAACCAAAGUUAAUAUAAUAUCCUCACACCCAGAUGUAACACCACAAAGAUAUAGAAAUAUCACUCCUAAGGAUGCUAUUUCAUUCUCAUAUGACCUUGGACUGCAGCUGUCAAAUAUAACUAACCUCACAUUGGAGGGUCGAACAGAUAUAUCAGAUCGUCAUCUCUUAUUUUUCACGGAAUUCUGUCCGUCACUGUGUCACGUGAACCUCCGAGGGUGUAUAUCUUUGACUGAUGAUGGAAUAUCUAUAUUAUUGCUUAAAUGCAUAAAUCUGCACUCAAUCUUCGUUUGUGAUACUUACUUUGGAAGGAAUUCCGUUUUGGCUCUUUGCUAUGGUGCUUCCGAAUUUGACGGCUCUCCAGAAGUAAAAUUUAAAGACCUCUCUCAUUCGGUUGCCUCUAAACUUCAAAUCUUGCAUAUGGGUGGCUGCAAAUGUGUUACUGGGACAUGUAUCUCUGAGCUUAUAUCUCAAACAACUAUGUUGAAGAGUCUUUGCUUAAGUGGGACUGAACUCGGAGACCAUGCACUAUAUAGCUUUUCAGGAUCUUGCUUGGAGAUGCUUGAUGUGUCUAACACCAAGGUUUCUGCCCGUUCUGUAGCUCAUGUAGUCCGUACAAAUCCGGGUCUUAAGUGUUUCAUAGCCAGAGAUUGCAGACAAUUUGUGCAAGAGGAAGGCAAGAAUGAGGCAGACAAGUGCAAUGCUUUCUCGUGUCAUUACAGUGAGUUGUACUACGAACUUGGAAAGUCAUGCCAAUUGGAGGAAAUUGGUGUUGGAUGGGGAUUUUCAUUGCUUUCUUUUGAGGUUUUGAGGCCUGCAGUUAGAACGUUAAGGACAAUAAAUAUAGGUUUAGGUGGAGCUAUAGGCAAAGAUGGACUGAAGAUGUUACCCACUCUCUGUCCCCAGCUCGAGACUUUGAUACUUCAUUUCCAGGUAAUAUCUAACUCUGUCAUACUAAAUAUUGCAAAGUCUUUGGAAAACUUGCAAGUUUUGGCUCUUUGCUAUUGCAUUGGUGAGAUUUCAUCUUCAAGCUUUAAAUUCAGCAUGCCAAAUUUGAGAAAAUUGAAACUGGAAAGAGUUACUCCCAGGAUGACCAAUGAAGAUCUGCUCAUUCUCACUGAGAAUUGUAUAAAUUUGAUUGAACUUUCCUUGGUGGGUUGCUCACUUCUUAAUUCAGAGUCCCAAAAUAUUAUUUCACUUGGUUGGCCUGGAUUGAGAGCAGUCCAUCUAGAGGAGUGUGGUGAAGUGACAAUUUGUGGUGUCACAUCACUUUUGGAAUGUCAUGCCCUUGAAGAUCUCUUCUUACGGCAUAAUGGUACUGGAAUGCAGAGGGAUUUUAUUUCUCAAGUUGCGUCAAAGAUGCCACUGCUUCGAAGGAUAUCACUUGAUGUUUGUGAUGCCGUGGAUCAUGACUUUGACAUCCCAAAUUUCACUGACAGGUAUCCGUUAAGUACUGUGAAAAUCGCAAGAUGCAAGCGGAAAAAGUGUGGUCUAGACCUCAUGAACUACAAAGGUCGAAUGAACCCGGUGCAUUUAGAAACACUGGUGCUGGUGUGGAACAGCAAGGAACUCACUACAGUUGUUGUCAAGGAAAGAUUGUAGCAUUCAAGAACAAUAGGCUACACGAGCCGGAGAAAGUUGUACCUCGGUUAUCUAAUUUGCAUGACUCGUUUCAGUUGUGUUGAAGAAGGUUCAUUUGUGCGUAUAGCAAAAAAGACAACUGAAUAUCUUUUCAUUCUUUUGAGUGUGUAGAGUAUAGACUGUUAUAUCAAUUUGUUAAAAAAGAAUGUCGCUGCAACAAUUAUUUUGCAUGCAUACGUAUGAAACACAAGCACUAAAUCUAUCAAAGAGACAAGAAAAGUAGUUUGUGACAACUUGUCACAAUGUCACCUAACUCAGUAUGGAGACAAGAAAUAUAGGAAGUUCUUAAUUA